GUGUGCAAAGAGUCCAUAUGAAAGAGUCUGAGGAAAGGGUUAUAGCUUGAAGUUUGUAAACUCUAAUGCCCGACUCGACUUUGAAAUUUAGUGAACCCGAUUUCGCGGAGUAUGCAUCAUAUUAUCUCGCCUGGUAUGAUAGCAGUUACGGUGGUGGCAGCCCCUACGGAGAGCCACUUCCAUCUCCUCCAGAGGGAUUGGCUGACAUGGACCGAGAAGUUGAUUUUACAGGCAGGCUUUGGAACGAUAAUCGACUCACUGAGCAGGCUUAUGAAGAAAUAGAGCAGCCUUACAACAUCAGUGAUAAUUGGCUAGAGUCCUACUUUGAUGGCGGUUGGGGAGAGGAUAUGUUCUCUUGUGGGUAUGGUGCUUUCGACAAUGAACAUGGUCCUUAUGGGAGUGCCUUAGAGAAUGCAGAGGAUCCCUACCAAGGUGAAGAACAGUUUGAUGGUUACUACAGUUACGACGAUGACACGGAAAUGCAGACUUCCUAUGAUUAUAAUCCUUGGUUUGGCUAUUGUUUGGAGUUCGGAUAUGGAGUCGACGAAGAUUAUUGUGGAAAUGAUGUGAAAGAGCUUGAAGUUGCACAAAAUUUCGGCUUCGAUGAAAUGAGACUUUGUGAGAGGAUCUUUGGUCACUGGCCUAGUCUGUCAAGCCGAGACCUGGAAAGCUAUGCUUAACAAAGAACCUUCUCGAGGUUUUUGUAUUAUUUUGAGUUUUGGUCUCUCUUCAUUUUGUGUAGCCCUUGGUGUCUUUGUUCAUGUUUUAAAUCUGGCAAACUGUUUUCAACAUGCAGUAACCUACCAAACAGUUGCAUAACUGUGCUUUUAUGUAU